AUGGGUAAAGACUUGGAAUCCAGCAAGAAGCAGCUAUUUACAUUCGCCAUGAAAGGGAAAUGGGAGGAUGUGAUUGAACUGUACAAGAAGGAACCGCGGCUUCACAAAGCCAGAAUAACGAAGUCGAGAAGCACAGCGUUGCACGUAGCAGUGCGUGAUGGGAACGAGGAGGUGGUGGAACAGAUGGUGAAGCUAGCUGAAACAUGUCCGAUACUCUGUAAAGAGGUUUUAGAGACUCAGAAUGACAGAAAAAACACUGCUCUGCAUGUAGCUGCUUCCAUGGGGAAUCUCAGAAUCUGUCAUUUGAUUGCGCAGAAACAUCCAUCCUUAGUCAAUGUUCGAAACGUCGACGGCGAGACACCUAUCUUCCUGGCGGCUCUUCACGGCCGAAAAGAAGCGUUUCUUUGUCUUCAUUACCUUUCUCAUCCUAAUGGCUCUUCCCCCAAUUAUGUGAACUGUAGAAGGAACGACGGCAAUACAUUUCUUCAUUGUGCAAUUGCUGGGAACUUCUAUGAUUUGGCAUUCCAAAUUAUUCACCUGUAUGAAGAUCUAGUGAACGGGGUGAACGAAGAGGGGUUGUCUGCCCUCCAUCUGCUUGCAGCGAAGCCUUCUGAUUUCAAAAGUGGUAACCGACUUGGGCGAUACGAAAUGAUCAUCUAUCACUGUAUAUUUGUUGAGGAACUCAAGCCAGCUGAGUACAGCUUUCAACAGUCUUUCUCAGAUGAAGGCAGGAACCCCAAUUGCAAUAUUCCAGACAAUCACAGGACAUGGUGCGACUUUUUUGGGGUCGUGAAAACUUCGCUCGCCGUUGUAACCAACAAAUUUCCAGCGUUUCACUUUUCGAAAGACAACAUUUUUUCGAAAGGACAGCCACCAAAUGCAGGGGAUCCCGAAAUGGCAAGAAAUAAUAACAGCCAAGAUUGUAGAGCUCGUCAUCAAACGCAUCAGUUAUAUCCAGAAAACUACGAGACCUGCUGUUCAUUUUUCAGAUUUGUAUAUCUGGUAGUGACGCUGAUUCUUGGCCAAGGAUCGAGUAGAUUAAAAAGAAUACGCAGGGAGAAGGAGAAACAUGUUUGGUCUCUUCAAAUACUGAAUGAACUUUGUCAUUCUUUGUUGUACGAGUUUGAAGACAGCCAUCAUGAAAUUGAUGAAACAGCUUUGUCCGAAGACAGCCAUCAUGAAAAGGAUGAAAUAUCUUUUUCAGUCGGAGAAAUCAAAAUAAUCAGACCUGGAAACGAUAACCAACAACAGCACGGAGGGGCCGAUGAGAAGAAAAAUGGUGAGCCAAAAGAACGAAGGAGAAGGAGAAUUGAAACACCAUUGCUCGUUGCAGCAAAAUAUGGAGUGCUGGAAAUAGUCAAGAAAAUUAUGGCUGAUAUACCAAGCGCCAUCCACGAUAUCAAUCACCGUGGCCAAAAUGUAUUGCAUGUGGCUGUAGAGUACAGGCAACCCCAUAUUUUUAGGCUCCUCAGGCACCAGAGGUUUUGGGACAACCUCCUUGGAGGCGUAGACUUUGAUGGCAACACAGUACUGCACUUAGCAGCAAAGUCUGUUGAAUCCUUGUCUCUUCCUGGGCUAAGUUAUGGCUCUGGUGCCUUGCAGUUGCAACGUCUAAUCAAGUGGUACGAGCACGUGAAAUCGUUAGUGCCACCUCGUGCGGUUUCCCUUUUAAACAAGAAAGGGGAAACUCCGGGACAAAUCUUCAUUGGACAACAUAAAGAACUUGUCAAAACUAGUGGUGAAUGGCUUAAUCGCACGUCUGAAUCUUGCUCAGUGGUAGCAGCGUUGGUUGUCGGAGUUUCCUUUGCAACAUCAAGCACUCUACCCGGCGGUAACGAUGACAAGACUGGCAAGCCGACCUUAGAUGGACGGCCAGUGUUUGAACUCUUCGCUCUUGCUGCACUUAUUGCUCUCUGCUUCUCUGUCGUCGCACUGAUCAUGUUCCUUUCCAUACUUACUUCUCAAAAACAACCCACAGAUUUUAAGAAAAAAUUGCCAGUCAAGCUUUUUAUAGCCUUGAGCUCACUGUUUGUGUCCAUUGUCUCCAUGUUCGCAUCUUUCUGCGCUGCACAUUCCUUUGUGCUCGAGGACAAGUUCAAUAGAGCAAUAAUCCCUCUUUAUGCUGCCACCUGUCUUCCUGUUUACUUCACAAUCGUGGAGUUCCCACUCUACAUGGAUCUUUUUGAAACCAUUGUUAGCGAAGUUCAACGACCAUACGAUUAUGGCUAUUUAUAAAUCUAUAGCUGGGGACUGUCCAAUGCUUAUCCCUGGCCUUCUUUUCUUAAAUAUUUGCUUCUUCAGUCCAAUGCUUAAUGCUUGCUAUUUGCGCUGGUUUGCCUCAACCUCCCCUUUGACUGUCGUCGUCAUCGUCUUCGUCUAAUGUUGACGUGUCGAUUUGUUUGUAGUAAUUAAUAUGUUGGUGUUGCGUGAUUUUAUUAUAUGCAAUAAAAGUACUGUUACCCAAAAACAAGAUUGUCUGUGAUUCCUCGUUGUUUUUAAUGUAUUCAAUGCAUAAAAUAAUUGAUUUACAGUUUAAUUAUUAAUUUUGCAAGAGUGUAUUAUUAAAUCUUAUUAUUAACAUACCUACAUUUGAUUUGAUAAAAGUAUAUAAAAUAUAUG